GUUGAUGGUUGUAAAGCCAGGGCACACAGCUAGUGCUGUGUAAGCAUUUGCUCCAAAAUUCAUAGUUUGCUUCCUUCUGCCCUUAAGAGGUCCUUCAGGAGAAAUGCUAAAAAUGACAAACCCUAAGAGAGACAAGCUAUUUCCAGACACUGCUUUAUAAAGGGAAUGGGUCUCUAUAACACCAAUUGUCCUAAGAGGUAUUUGCUUCCUGGAAGACAGAGAGUCAGAAUGUGUUAACAAUGGUGGAGACUCCGCAAAUGACUGGCCAGAUACGAGCUAUUUGAGGGGCAUGGCCCACUCCCCUGUGGCUCCUUGAACCCUUCCAUGGAGCCGGACCCAGACCCGAGAGGGCUGGUGGUUUCUCUGGCAGAGGGCAGGGGCGUGCCAAGGGGAGGAGGAGGGAAGGAGCUCCCGGGAUCCCCCACGCCCCUCCCCCACUAGCCCAGCGAGUAAUGACAUUCACGAAGAGGGGAGGGAGGGAGCGAAGCAGAGGGGCAGGCUCCGCGAGGCCAUGUGAUGCUGGGCGAGAGAGAGAGCCGCCGCUGCGGAGCCUCCUUCUUUCCUCCCUCUGAUUCCGGGCUGUCAUGGCGACCCCCAACAACCUGACCCCCACCAACUGCAGCUGGUGGCCCAUCUCGGCGCUGGAGAGCGAUGCGGCCAAGCCGGUGGAGGCCCCGGACGCGCCCGAGGCAUUCAGCCCCGCCCAUUGGCCCAAGGAGAGCCUGGUUCUGUACCACUGGACCCAGUCCUUCAGCUCACAGAAGGUGCGGCUGGUGAUUGCCGAGAAGGGCCUGGCGUGUGAGGAGCGGGACGUGAGCCUGCCGCAGAGCGAGCACAAGGAGCCCUGGUUCAUGCGGCUCAACCUGGGGGAGGAGGUGCCCGUCGUCAUCCACCGGGACAAUAUCAUCAGCGACUAUGACCAGAUCAUCGACUACGUGGAGCGGACCUUCACAGGAGAGCACGUGGUGGCCCUGAUGCCCGAGGCGGGCAGCGCUCAGCACGCGAGGGUGCUGCAGUACCGGGAGCUGCUGGACGCGUUGCCCAUGGACGCCUACACGCACGGCUGCAUCCUGCACCCCGAGCUCACCACCGACUCUAUGAUCCCCAAGUACGCCACGGCCGAGAUCCGCAGACAUUUAGCCAAUGCCACCACAGACCUCAUGAAGUUGGACCAUGAAGAGGAGCCCCAGCUCUCUGAGCCCUACCUUUCCAAACAGAAGAAGCUCAUGGCCAAGAUCCUGGAGCAUGAUGAUGUGAGCUACCUGAAGAAGAUCCUUGGGGAGCUGGCCAUGGUGUUGGACCAGAUCGAGGCGGAGCUGGAGAAGAGGAAACUGGAGAACGAGGGGCAGAAGUGUGAGCUGUGGCUCUGCGGCUGUGCCUUCACCCUCGCCGACGUCCUCCUGGGAGCCACCCUGCACCGCCUCAAGUUCCUGGGACUGUCCAAGAAGUACUGGGAAGACGGCAGCCGGCCCAACCUGCAGUCCUUCUUUGAGAGGGUCCAGAAGCGCCUGGCCUUCCGGAAAGUCCUCGGCGACAUCCACACCACCCUGCUGUCGGCUGUCAUCCCCAAUGCAUUCCGGCUGGUCAAGCGGAAACCCCCAUCUUUCUUUGGGGCAUCCUUCCUCAUGGGCUCUCUGGGGGGGAUGGGCUACUUUGCCUACUGGUACCUCAAGAAAAAAUACAUCUAGAGCCAGGCCCGGGCUUGGUGCCUGUCGGUGUCUCUGUACUGUGUGACUCCCAGCAAGCUCUCAGUCAGGCACUGUCUCAUGAACACUCGGACAGCCACUCCCCGCCCCGUUUGGAGUAAUUCUAUCGUCAAUGUGAAAACAUUCCAUAGUUUAGAAGUAGACGUUGCCAAUGCUGUGAGUUGAGGCCACGGCUCUACUAAAGGAGAGAAAGAGUGAGUGUGAGAGAGAAAGAGAGAGAGAGAGGGAGAGAGAACAGAAACAAAACACGAAUGCCUUUUCUUUUAAUUCAAGGUCUCAAGAUGGAACUGUGGGGACUGGUUAGGAUCUGAGGUGAGUCCCAGGCUGUUUCGUCCACCAGGGCCCAGAUUCUGGGAGGUGCUUGGGGCUCGGAGGGCCUGACCCCUCGCCUCCCCUUCCCUCUUGCCCAGGGAAUUCUUCCACAGGACAAAGCCAACAUCAACACUGACUUUUCUAAGCGGUGCCUCUGGGUGGGGCUGGAGACCGCAGACCCUGGGGAGGCCCCUGAAGACCUGAAGGGGCUCCACUCUUCUCCUGUACAUGGACGGAGACAGCACUGGCUCCAGCCAAGGCAGUGGCAGCCAACCACCAGGUCACGCCUGGGACCGACCCCAUGAGCACACCUCUUGUUCCCCUCCUGAUUUGGCCAGUGGGUUUGCUUUGACACUUACCAGAAGUCCCUGGAGGCAGCGACCAUCCGUCAUCCUUUUCCCACCUGGGGUUGACAUUUCCCACCACGGGAGGUGGCCUUUCAGCGAGGGCCCUGUUUGACCUUCUUCAGAAGGUCAGUCCUGGCCUGAGUGCAGGGGUGGGUCUGGAGGUGGAUGGACUAGGGUCCGUCUCUCUCUGCCUAUGCCAAAGCCACCUCGUUUAAUGCUCACCUUCCCCAUCUCUUGUGGGGCUCCCCCUGUGUUCCACCACACCACGUGGAGAAGGGGAGGUGCCUGCAUACCUGCUGCCCUCCCUGGUCGUGUCUCACUUUCCUGUGCCUUUUGCAUGUUGGGAGAGGGUCUGGGUGUCACUGCCGCUCAUGCUUAGAAACCACUGAAAGCCCCCAAUAAAGCAUUCAGGAGGA